AUGGAUUUCGAUUUACAGCGCUAUUUGACAGAAAAAGAAAAUUUAGAAGAAAGCUAUAUUGUUCAGUGGCGACGAGGAAAUAUAGAAACAUGGAAAAAUUAUGAUGCCUAUGUAAUCGAGGUCUCGCAUUCCUGUAAAAAUUUAGAAAGAGAAAUAGUAAGAUUGGAAGGGAUAGUUUCUCCACUGAAACCGAUUCAAGUUCAUACAAAAAAGCCUAAAAUUGUUAAAGAAAAUCGAAAGAAAGAUUGUUCCUCUGUUGAAAGAAACAACAAUAGUUACGAUAAAAGCAGUAUCAGUGAUAACCAUGAUAUUUUCAUUGAAGAUGAUGAUAAUGACACGGAUUUUAUUACGACGAGCAAAAAAGUUUUGAAACAUAACCAACAGAUUAAAGAUGGUCUCAAUUUAUUAUUUAAUGAAAUACAGGAAAUUAAAGUUGCUCAGAAUGAACUAAAACAAGAUUAUGGCAAAGCAAGAAAUCCAAAUAAUGCUGAGAAUGAACAAGUGGAAAUCGGUUAUCCAGGUAGUAAUGUUCAUGUUACACGCCAACAGUAUGAAACUGCAAAUAGUCGCGACAAUUUUAGCAAAAUGACGAUUUCUCUUAUCAACGCCUUAUUUUCAAAAGAGACCCUCAUUCAAAGUAAUUGCUGCGGUGGAAAGAGUAGAAUUCAAAAAGAUGCUCCAACUCGACCUGGAUUAAAUCCAAUAAUUAUUGAUGCCGUGAAAGAAACUGUCAAAAACAAGUUUCCUCGUGAAUACAGGCGUGGUUUAUUUGGGAUGGCCAUAAAUAAUUAUUUGAAUGAUUUGCGUCGUUUGCAAAAGCAGUCCAAUAUUAUUGACGAUGGUGAUAAUGUUAAUGAUAAUAAGAGUAAUGAUGGAGACUCUUCAUAAAACUAUUUAUAAUUAUUUAAUAUUCCACUGUUACAAUGUUAUUAUAAUUAUAAUUUCUGAUCUGAGUUCUUAAAAAAAAUAAAAACAAAA